AUGGCAAGCCUCCGAAAAACACACCCCCUCUUAAAAAUCGCUAACGACGCUCUCGUGGACCUCCCUGCCCCCUCAAACAUCUCAGUAUGAUGGAACUUCGGGUCUCUUCUCGGACUAUGUCUGAUCGCUCAAAUCCUCACAGGCCUAUUUUUGGCUAUACACUACACCGCAGAUAUUAACACAGCUUUUUCCUCUGUUGCACACAUUACCCGCGACGUUAACUACGGCUGACUUAUCCGGGACAUGCACGCCAAUGGCGCAUCUUUUUUCUUCAUCUGCCUUUACUCGCAUAUCGGGCGAGGCCUCUACUACGGAUCCUACCUAUAUAAAGAAACCUGAAACAUCGGGGUCGUCCUUCUCCUGUUGGUCAUAGCAACUGCUUUUGUAGGCUACGUCCUCCCCUGAGGGCAAAUAUCAUUCUGAGGCGCAACUGUAAUUACUAAUCUUCUUUCUGCGGUACCCUACGUAGGCAACACGCUUGUGCAAUGAAUCUGAGGAGGCUUUUCAGUAGAUAAUGCUACUCUCACCCGCUUCUUUGCCUUCCACUUCCUUUUCCCCUUUGUUGUCGCAGGCGCAACUAUGGUCCACCUUCUCUUUCUUCACCAAACAGGAUCAAAUAACCCCCUUGGCCUAAACUCGAACGCAGACAAGAUUCCUUUCCACCCCUACUUUUCCUAUAAGGAUCUCCUCGGUUUCGCAGCCCUUCUUAUUGCACUCGUGACUAUCGCACUAUUCACACCUAACCUUCUCGGAGACCCAGACAAUUUUACUCCCGCCAACCCCCUAGUUACCCCUCCCCAUAUCAAGCCUGAGUGAUAUUUCUUAUUUGCCUACGCAAUUUUACGGUCAAUCCCGGACAAACUUGGCGGGGUCCUGGCUCUAUUGGCCUCCAUUCUCGUACUCCUAGUUGUGCCGUUCCUUCACACAUGCAAAAUGCGAAGCAUGACCUUUCGUCCCCUCUCCCAACUCCUUUUCUGGACUCUCAUCGCAGACGUCGCAGUCCUCACCUGAAUUGGGGGCAUGCCUGUAGAGGAUCCCUAUGUCAUUAUUGGACAAAUCGCAUCCGUCCUCUACUUCUCUAUUUUUCUGAUCCUCUUCCCUCUUGCAGGGUGAGUGGAGAACAAGCUUUUAGAGUCAAUUU